AUGUCAUCUUUCUUUAACCGUAUCGCCCGCCACUUCUCAAGCUCAAGUAGCAUCGGCGUUACCAGUGCCGGUGGUGGUGGCUCGAACUCUACUCUCCCGGCGAAUACAGAGCUGGCUACUGUCGCUGCCGGCUGCUUCUGGGGGGUCGAACAUAUCUAUCGAAAGCACUUCAAGGAUCAGGGUCUGAUUGACGCUCGGGUUGGAUAUACUGGUGGUGACCAGUCCAAUCCGAGCUAUUCCAGAGUCUGCGGUGGUGGCACUGGCCAUGCCGAAGCAUUACAAAUAACUUUCGACCCAUCGAAAGUCAGUUACAGAACUCUCAUUGAAUUCUUGUAUCGCAUUCACGACCCAACGACUCUCAACCGCCAAGGCGGGGACGUUGGCACUCAAUAUCGCUCUGGUAUUUUCUACCAUUCCGAAGAGCAGAAGAGAAUCGCAGAGGAUGUCACAAGAAUGGCGAACCAGAACUGGUGGGGGAACAAGAUCUCAACUGCAAUUAUCGGUGCAUCGGACUGGUGGGAUGCUGAAAAAUAUCACCAAAAGUACCUAGAGCAUAACUCGGGUGGAUAUGAAUGCCCAUUGCAUUAUUUGAGGCCAUUCAAGCUGCCAGAAGGGUACCCCGCCGAGGAGGAUUCGAGUCAGUCUAACGACUCAAAACCAGCUCCCGCCGCUACCGCUGCUGCCGCUGAAGAGCCCAAGGCCGAGUUGUAA